UUAAUAAGAAAGAAUGUUAAGUUUAGCUGACAUAUCAGUCUCCGUUUGAGUUACUUUAUAUUACUAAAUUCUUACAUCUCAUUUCACAAAAUAUUCUAACUUCACAUAUUUGUAUUUGAUUGGAUCCAAUAUUUUAAAAUAUCGAAAACAACGUAAUGGUAUUAAAACAAAGUGCAAUUUUUAUCGCAUUUUUAAGCGGCUUAUCCACGAUUUCAAGUGAAUUGACGGUGCAAAACUUUACUUUUCCGAAUGCUGUUUUUGUAAACGAGCAAACAACAACUACCUGCAUCACUAAACAAGGUGGCAGCAAUUUGAUUUUUGAAUGGACUAAGGAUGGAAAUAAGAUUAAGAGUGAAAACAGAAUAAAAAUUUUAACUUACUCGGAUUUAUCCACUAUUGUGAUCAGUUCAGUAGCAGAAACCGAUUCUGGGAAUUAUACAUGCACUGUGAAAUCAGAAAAAGAACAAAGUAGUUUCACAGCCUCAUUAAAUGUUAGAGCACCACCAAAAUGGAUUAGUUCACCUUCAGAUACGUCUGUGAUUCUUAAGGAAAGCGUCAGUAUAUCUUGUUUAGCUUCUGGAGUUCCGCGACCUACAGUGACAUGGAAAAUAUCAGAUGCAAAAGGAAACUUUAACGUUCUUCAGUCUGAUUCUCAACAUUUAUUGAUAAGCGAAGGCACUCUUACUAUUAAAUCAGCUUUAAAAUAUGACCAAGGUAGUUAUACAUGUGAAGUUUCUAACGGCAUGGGAGAAGUUCUAAAGAAAACAGUAUUUAUUUCAGUAUUGAGGCAAAAUUAAAAUUUAACUUUAAAAGGAAUUCACACGAUGGCGCUAGUUGUAUGUAGUGUUGCUCUUGCGCUUUGUUUCGCGUUGUUGUCAUUGCCGCCAUAUCGUAC